CUCCGUGUGACUUCACCUCACCUCUUCCUCUUCCUCAUCCUCCUCCUCCUCCUCUGGGCCGAUGUUCUGUGUCAGAGCUCCGGUCCUCCUGUCGCGGACUCCCGGGGCGGACUCCCCCGGCAGAUGGCUCCUCUCCAGUCGGAUCAGCCUCCGCGGCUCCAGCGCCCAGCGGACGGAGCAGCACCGGGACAAGUCGAGCAGCCGCGGCCGCGCUGAGCGGGACUCAGCCCCGCACGGUCCCGGAGGACGAGACGGCUCCACCUCCACCUCCAGCAGCUCCAGGACCAGGGCCGCUAAUGAGAUCUCCGUAGACUUUGACCUGACCCGGGAGGCUUAUAAGAGCAAAGACUCAUUAGAGCUGCUCAGAAGUUUGGUGGUGUUCAAGCUCUGCUCCUAUGACAUCCUGGUGGAGAAGAACACUGAGAUAAUGGACCUUGGAAAGAAGAUACUGGGCCAGAGAGCCUUCAACCAGUUCAUGAAGAUGACGUUUUACGGCCAGUUCGUUGCCGGCGAGGACCACAAGUCCAUCCGGCCUCUGAUCCAGAAGAACCAGGCCUUCGGCGUGGGCUCUGUCCUGGACUACAGCGUGGAGGAGGACAUCAGCCAGGAGGAGGCAGCCUCAUGUGAACCCGCUGCAGAGAACCAGAGCAUAGGCGAGCGCCACGGAGAGGAGAAGCAGAACGAGCAGCAGCAGCAGCAGCCGGAGGAGGAGCGGCGUCGCGGGGGGGUGACGGCAGCCCGCCUGCACUCCGACAGCGCUGAGGCCAAAUGUGACCGGCAUAUGGAAACCUUCAUCAAGUGCAUCAAAGCAUCUGGUGGGAGUUCCAUGGACGGCUUCUCGGCCAUCAAAAUGACGGCUCUGGGACGACCUCAGUUUCUGCUCCAGCUCUCAGAGGUGCUGGUGAAAUGGCAGCGGUUUUUCAGCUUCCUGGCGUCGCACCAGGGGAAGGAUGGAGUGGAAGCUUUAAAUCAAAGGCUGGAGCUCAACCAGCUGCAGGAAUCUUUGACCAAACUGGGUGCAAAAGGUGAUUUCUGUGGCUGGUUUGCUGACAGGAAAGAAGAAACCUCAGGAACCAUUGACGUGCUGGACUGGAACAGCCUCAUAGAUGACAGGACACAGACAUCAGACCUGCUCAUUGUCCCGAAUCGAGGAGAACUGGAGCCCCUGCUGGAGAAGUUCGGCCCCGAGGAGGAGGAGCAGAUGAAGAGGAUGAUGCAGCGUAUGGACAUUUUAGCAAAGCACGCCCUGGAGAACGGCGUUCGCCUGAUGGUGGACGCGGAGCAGACGUAUCUGCAGCCAGCCAUCAGCAGGGUGACAUUAGAGAUGCAGAGGAUCUACAACAGAGAGCAGCCUGUCAUCUUCAACACGUACCAGUGCUACCUGAAGGACGCCUUUGACAACGUGAGCAUGGACGUGGAACUGUCCCGACGGGAGGGCUGGUGUUUUGCUGCCAAGCUUGUGCGAGGGGCCUACAUGUACCAGGAGCGGGAGAGGGCCGAAGAGUUUGGCUACGAGGACCCGAUCCAACCCGACUAUGAGUCUACCAACAGAACGUACCACAGGUGUCUGGAUCAUGUGCUGGACGAGAUUGCAAUCAACCGAAACGCCAACGUAAUGGUCGCUUCCCAUAAUGAAGACACAGUGAAACACACCAUCCACAGAAUGAACGAGCUGGGUCUCGUCCCCACGGAGAACAAGGUGUACUUCGGGCAGCUCCUGGGAAUGUGUGACCAGAUCAGCUUCCCACUGGGCCAGGCAGGCUUCCCCGUCUAUAAGUACGUCCCCUAUGGCCCGGUGAGUGAGGUGAUGCCCUACCUGUCUCGGAGAGCCCAGGAGAACAGAGGCUUCAUGAAGGGCGUCCAGAAGGAGCGGGGGCUGCUGUGGAAGGAGCUGAGGCGCCGACUUUCCUCUGGGGAGCUUCUCUACAGACCGACAUACUGAAAAAAACACAGGAGAAGAGACAGAGAUGGAGGGAGAGAGAGAGAGAGGAGAGAGAGAGAGGAGAGAGAGAGAGAGAGAGAGAGAGAGUGCUAACGUGUUGGAUAUUUUUCUUCUUCUUCAUCUUCUCCGGUUGACAGCUGCUGCUGUGGCUGUCGGUUCUGUCUCUCCCUCGCUGCAGCUCCCACUGGACCGGUAGCUCCCGUUCAAACCUAUUCUGGAGUUUCCUCGUUGAUGGACUGUUUCUGCACGUCA